GUUCAGAGGCUCUUUAGACCCACCUUGGUGCGAAGCAUCUCGGAGGUGGCCAAAUAUCCCAGGAUCACCACCCACUACACGCUGAAUCCCCGCGAGAAGGAUGACCGCUGGACAGAGGUGGACAUGGAGCGCUGCGUCGAGGAGGUGGACCUGGUGAUCGUGGGCGGAGGUCCCGCCGGCAUGUCAGCGGCCAUUCGGGCCAAGCAACUGGCGGCGGAGAAGGAUCAGGAAAUCCGCGUCUGCGUGGUGGAAAAGUCAGCCGAAGUGGGCGGGCACAUUCUAUCCGGUGCCGUCAUCGACCCCAUCUCGCUGAACGAGCUCAUCCCCGACUGGCAGGAGCAGGGCGCUCCGCUCAACACACCCGUGACCAGGGACACCUUCUCCUUCCUCACCGGCUCCGGCCGCAUCUCUAUACCCGUCUUCAAGGGCUGGCCCAUGGACAACCACGGCAACUAUGUGGUGCGCCUGGGCCACCUGGUCAAGUGGCUCGGCGACCAGGCGGAGGCCCUGGGCGUGGAGAUCUACCCCGGCUGCGCUGCCUCCGAGGUGCUCUUCCACGAGGACGGCAGUGUCAAGGGCAUCGCCACCAACGAUGUGGGCAUUGCCAAGAGCGGGGCGCCGAAGGACACGUUUGCCCGCGGCAUGGAGCUGCACGCCAAGACCACCAUCUUCGCCGAGGGCUGCCGCGGUCACCUGACCAAGCAGAUCAUGCAGAAGUUCGGCCUGAACGAGGGCAGCGAGCCGCAGGCCUAUGGCAUCGGUCUAAAAGAGGUCUGGGAGAUUGCCCCCGAGAAGCACCAACCCGGUUUGGUGGAGCACACCAUUGGCUGGCCUCUGGACCGCUUCACCUACGGCGGCUCCUUCUUGUACCACUUGAACGAGCCCACGCCCACCAUUGCAGUGGGCUUUGUGGUGGGUCUGAACUACAAGAACCCCUGGCUCAGUCCCUUCCAGGAGUUCCAGCGCUUCAAGACGCAUCCCAAGGUGCGGCACGUCUUCGAGGGCGCCACGCGAAUCGCCUACGGAGCCCGUGCCAUCAACGAGGGCGGCUUCCAGAGUCUGCCGCAGAAGCUCUCCUUCCCGGGAGGCUGCCUGGUGGGCUGCAGUGCCGGCUUCCUGAAUGUGCCGCGCAUCAAGGGCUCCCACUACGCGAUGAAGAGCGGAAUGCUGGCGGCGGAGAGCGCCUUGGAGGCCAUCAAUGCGGACGCACAAUCCACGGCAGGCGUAGAGCCCACCAGCUAUGCGGAGAAAAUCAAGAACUCCUUUGUGUGGAAGGACCUGUACAGCGUCCGCAAUGUCCACCCCUCGUUCCACAAUCCUCUGGGUCUGUACGGCGGCCUUGUGCUCAGCGGCUUCUCCAUUUUCAUGGGCGGUCGGGAGCCCUGGACCCUGAAGCACGGUCCUCAGGACCACGAGUCCCUGCAGCCCGCCAGCUCCAGCCAGCCCAUCGUUUACCCCAAGCCCGAUGGCAAGAUCUCCUUCGAUCUGCUCUCCUCGGUCGCACUCACCGGCACGAACCACGAGGGCGACCAGCCCGCCCAUCUGACGCUCAAGGACGACCGCGUACCGGUGGACCACAACCUGGCGCUGUACGAGGGACCCGAGCAGCGGUUCUGCCCGGCCGGCGUGUACGAGUACGUGCCCAACGAGGAGGGCGGCAACAUGAAGCUGCAGAUCAACGCCCAGAACUGCAUCCACUGCAAGACCUGUGAUAUCAAGGACCCCAAGCAGAACAUCAACUGGGUGGUGCCCGAGGGAGGCGGCGGUCCCGCCUACAACGGCAUGUGAAGGGAGCAUCAUCCCGGCCAAUUCGUGUACCGCAAUUGCAUUUCACUAGUUUAUAAAAUCGAUAACUUGAACUUAUGAUUCGGAAUUAAGCCUAAAGUUGCAAUAAAAUUGUAGAAAAAAAGACAGGAAA